AUGUCCAACUCUUCUAGGACAUUUGUCUUAGCCUCGAGGGGCUCCCAACUAGCCCAAAUACAAACCAAUCUUGCUAUGGAUAACAUGAAAUCACUUUUUGCUAGUUCUAAAGCGGACGCAAUACCGAAAUUUACUACAUCGUUCAUGUCUACUGCAGGCGAUAAAAACCAAUCCCAAGCCUUGUACCUGCUCGGAGGAAAGGCCUUGUGGACGAAGGAACUCGAAGUCGCGUUGAUUGAGCGCGAAGUUGAUAUGCUCGUCCAUUCGUUCAAGGAUGUACCGACGGUUUUGCCCGAGGGAUGUAUUAUUGCUGGAAUCAUGGAGCGAGAGGAUCCUGUGGACAGCCUCGUAGUGAAGAAAGGUAGUCCUUGGAAGACACUGGAUGAUUUACCAAAUGGAAGUAUUGUUGGGACAAGCUCUGUGAGGCGGGUCGCACAGUUGAAAAGAAAGUACCCCGAGUUGGUUUUCCAAGACGUGCGAGGAAACCUAAACACUCGUAUGGCUAAACUCGAUGCGCCAGAAGGCCCUUACGCAGCCAUUGUCCUUGCCAAAGCUGGAAUGGUCAGACUAGGAAUGGGCAAUCGUCUUACAUCCGACCUGGCUCCUCCAUUACUCUACCACGCCGUCUCUCAAGGAGCAUUGGCGAUCGAAAUACGGUCAAACGACGAGGAAUCUCUCAAAAUAUGUCAGCAAAUCACGCAUCGGGAGACUGCCUUGUGCUGUCUCGCAGAACGAGCUUGCUUGAGAAAGUUGGAAGGUGGAUGCAGUGUUCCUGUUGGCAUCGGAUCAUCACUGGAUGGUAAUGUACUGACGAUUACUGGUUGUGUAACGGCCUUAGAUGGAAGCAAGCAUGUCGAGCAUACAAUAACAGAGACGGUGGCCAGCGAAGAACAAGCCGAGGUGGUGGGGACGAAGUUAGCCAUAACACUUAUUGAGACGGGAGCAAAGGAAAUUCUGGAUGAUAUUACAGUCGAUAGAGAGAUGAAGAUCAAAUUGGCCCAGGAGAAAGAUGAGAAGAUUGCAACAUAG